AGCACCCUAUCCCUCUUCUAUUCCAAAAUCAAGCUGUCUGUGUAUUUUAGAGUAUAUAGUGUUUUAACACCCUGUUCCUCUACUGUGAUUCCCCUUGUGUUCCAUUUUGUGGCAACCAUAAUUGCAUAAAAAUUCCUAUUUUAUUGUGAGAGAGAGCAAAAAAAUCGGUUACUUGUGAUUAGCCGGGCCGAAAUAUUGCUGGAAUCAUGGAAGGAAUACAAGAAACCUUAUCGCCGGCGGAAAUUCCCAGCGAGAUUAGCGCCUCCUUAUCGAAGGUCCUCCUCUCGGGGACAAACGCCAUCGACUCCAUAUUCUCCCACCUUCCACAGCCGCUCCCGCCAGUUAGGUCACCUGCGGUCCCAUAUCUCGGCUCAUCCGUUUACCUCCAGCAAACAGAGAUCCUGAGGCGGUUCAGCACCGGACGCCACACCCUAACCGCACCGUCGCUCCACCAGCACGCCGCGAUCGCGAUGGCUACCGGGGAGAGUGGGAAGAAGAAGCUAUACCGGGGGGUACGGCAACGGCACUGGGGGAAGUGGGUGGCAGAGAUCCGUCUUCCGCAGAACCGGAUGCGGAUCUGGCUCGGCACCUACGACUCCCCCGAGUCGGCGGCGUACGCGUACGACAGGGCCGCCUACAAGCUCCGCGGCGAGUACGCGCGGCUCAACUUCCCGGACCUGCGCGACGCCGGAGACUGCCACGAGCGGUUGAAGGCGCUGCGGUCCGCCGUCGAUUCCAAGAUCCAGGCUAUAUACCUGCGCCUCAGAAGGCAACUGAAGGCGCGGCAGCAGGAGGAAAGAGUGAAUAAGAAAGAAUCAGAGGAGGCGGCGACGGCGACGGCGACGGCGACGGCGAAGGCGGAGAAGAAGGGAGACGAAAUGGAGGAGGCGGUGUCGUCGCAGUUGCAGUCGUCUUCGGCGUCGGCUUUGUGGGAGCACGAAAUGGACGGAGAGUGUUCGCUGGCCAGGAUGCCAUCGUACGAUCCAGAAUUAAUCUGGGAGGUGCUUGCUAAUUGAUCAAAAUAAGGAGAUAUUAGCGUAGUGUAAUCUUACAGAUGAGACAUAAUUAUCAAUACCAGAAAGCGAUUAAAUUAAAAAUUGGAAA